AUGGAUUUGGAAGAAGAGUUAAGUUUGUUCCAUCAAGAAGAAUUCGCUCCAACUGAAACUGAUCAGCAAUCUCAGACCAAUGAAUCUGCGAAUAAGGACGGAGAUGAUCUCUUAGGACUAGAUCAAACGAUCAAAUUAUCUAGCAGAGCUAAAGUUGCCAAAAUUGAUAAUGAAAGGAUAUUUAAUAAACAGAAAGGAUUGAAUUAUGUUAUACAAAAUCAUUCUAAGUUGAUACGGGUUUUUCAAAAGAAUGAUAAAGCAUUACAGAAGACGCUUUCGUCUAAAAGGACAUCGUUGAGUUCAAAGGCCGUAAGACACUUAAAACAUGAAAAUGAGUUUAAAAACUUAUCAUCAAUGCUACAAUUCUAUCAACUCUGGUGCCAUGGAUUAUUUCCGAAAGCUAAGUUCAAGGAUUGUUUACAAUUGGUUCGAAGUUUUGGUUCGAAAUCAGGCCAACUUAAACUUUACAGGCGUGAACUAAUAGAGCAAGAAUUACGUAAAUUGAAAGAAAGUAAAGGUAUAAUCGAUACAGAAAGAAUAAAAACGCCAGAAACACAUCAUCAACAGGAUAAUACGUUGCCAGAGAACCAAGAAGCACAAGUAACUCAAGACAUAGCUGACGAUGACUGGAGUUUUAUGAAAACAAACCAAACUAAUGGGUUAUUUGUUGGUGAUGACGAUGAUUUGUACCAUACACCAACCACAUUAUCUACCGAAGAUAUAUCGAGGGAUAUUGAUACUACUGCUUCGAAUUUGGAACAUGAUGUGUCUACCCAUGUACCUAAUACUAAAACUAAUGCUACAGAGAACGCAAAUGAAUCAGAUGAAUCAGAUGACCCCUUUUCUGACGAUGAUAUACCUAUCAGAUCCGAGGCAAUCAACAAACAUGAUGAAUAUCCAAUUGAAGAAAACGAAAUUGACGAUCAUGAACAUGAAGAUGAAUUAGCAGUUAUGAGAGAAAUGGGAUUAUAA